AUGCGGUGCUGCCUGCUGGCCACCUUGCUGGCGCUGCCCCUGUUGGCCGCCGAAAUCCCUUUCCUGACCGGCCGGGUAGUCGACGAGGCCGGCUUGCUUUCCCCGGCCGCCGUCGCCCGCAUCGAGCAGAGCCUGCAGCGCCUGGAAGGCGAUACCGGCGCACAGGUGGUGGUGCUAACCCUCGAUCGACUCGACGGCGAACCGAUCGAAGACUUCGCCAUCCAGGUGGUCGAAUCAUGGCGGCUCGGCCGCCAGCAGGUCGACGACGGAGCUCUGCUGCUGAUCGUCAGCGGCGAGCGCAAGAUGCGCCUCGAAGUCGGCUACGGCCUGGAGCCGACCCUGACCGACGCAACCUCGCGGCGGGUGCUCGACGACGUGAUCAAACCCCGGUUUCGCGCUGGCGACUUCGAAGGCGGGAUCGCUGCCGGCAUCGCCGCCGUCGACGGCCUGGUCCGCGGCCAGGAUCCCCUGCCGGCGCCGGGCUCCGGCACUACAGAUUCAUCUCCCUGGUCCAGUCGCCUGGUGAUGCUGGGGAUCUUCACGGUAGUGGUCGGUGGCUUUUCGCUCACCGCGGUCUACAGCAGCGGCCUGGGCGCGAUCCUGCCCUUGCUCUGGGCUUGGAUCCCCGGCGGGCUCUGGCUGCUGCUAUUUCCACCCGCCUGGUUUUGGAUGCACAAGACAGCGGCCGGGCAGAACCACAAAGCGCGCCGCUUCCAGCGUGCCAUGGAGCGUGGCGGCUCGGGGUGGUCCAGCCGGCGACGGCGCAAUUCGGGCGGCGGGUUCUCCGGUGGAGGGUUCUCGGGCGGCGGAUUUUCCGGUGGCGGCGGGUUCUCGGGCGGCGGCGGCAGCUUCGGCGGUGGUGGUGCUUCAAGUAGCUGGUAG